ACUUAGCACACUUCUGCCCGAUGCACUGAGUGCCUUCCACAUUAUUCUGGUGGCUCUAGGAAUUGUGGGUAAUAUCAUUGUGUUUGGAGUCACUGGAAAGGGUGUGAUGGUGGAGCGCAGCACGAGACAUCACUCGGACAUUGUUAUCAUUAAUUUGGCCGUGUCCAACCUCAUGGUUUUACUUUUGAGGAACGUGUUGCUUAUCUUUUCGGACCUGGGCUUAAAGCUGUACUCCUCCAAAAGCUGGUGUCAGUUCCUGAUGGGAGUCUGGGUCUGGUUACGGUCAGUCAACGUGUGGUCAACAUUCUUCCUCAGCGCGUUUCACCUCCACACUCUGAAGCGCGUGGCUCCGACUAUUGGACACCUCCAGGGGCCGUGGAGCACAUAUAGGACCCUGCUGCUGAGCCUGGCCAUCAUGUGGAUUUUAAACCUUCUUUACUCCAUUCCUGCUCAUAUCUUCUCCACCAGUGGCAAUGAAAACACCACAGAGACUCUCAUGUUGGUGAGCAGCACAACGCGCCCCCUGCUGGGCUGUGUGUGGAACUUCCCGUCAAACUACUCCGGCCUGGCCUACGCCACCACAUCCAUGGCGAUCCAUGAAAUAUUCCCAAUCAUCUUGAUGGCGGUCACCAACAUGACGUCUCUCUACACUCUCUACACCCACGGCCGGUCAAGGAGCUCUGUUCAGGACGCACCUGUUUUAAAACGAGUGCCAGCAGAGAGGCGAGCCGCCAAGGUGAUUCUUGCUCUUGUCUUGCUUUUCAUCGUAUCUUGGGGAACCAGCAUCAUCUCUGUCAACUAUUUCAACUACAACCGAGGCUCCUCAGCUGAGUUUCUGCUGGUCAUCGCUCGCUUCGCAAACAUCAUCUUCAUCGCCAUGUCGCCUGUUGUCCUGGCAAUCGGCCACCGCCGGCUUCGUUCGUGCAUGAAGUCUUCUGUCUCUGACUGACAUUUUCUGGGUGAAGAGCAACAUUUGGUCCUUUAGGCCACAAAACAAUCCCAGGAAAUCCUCCAUCCACCUGUUGUUCAAAGUGUUUGUUAGAGUGGAUGCAAUGCCUCGCAAAAUUAUCCAUGCUUCUUGAACUUUCUCACAUGUCUUCAUGCUUGAAGAUCUGAUAUAUGGGGCAAAUGUGUUUUCCCCCUUCUUUACUGCAUCGGUCGACAGGUACAAAUGAGCAGCACACACCGGAAUGAUGCAAACUCCAAAACACACAAACACCAAAAACCACAAAUGCAACAGAAAAAUGCUGCAAUUUUUCAAAAGACUAAUCCAAAGGGAAACUACAGCGAUCACAAGAAAUAGAAGCAAAAGGGAAAAUGCAGAAAAUUGCAAAAAUGAAUAGUAUGAAAUGGUGCAAACUUGCUAUAUAAAACGGAAGUUCUUGUUUGCUUGCAGCAUUUUUCUGAUGUCCUCUUUCAGGCAGGACUCCUUAAAACUACAUGGAAUUUGUUAAGCAUGUUCAUGAGGUAGAAAUUACCCAAUCAAAAUCCAUCGUAAAUCCAGUUGAGAUGACAACACAUUAGCUAUUCUGCAAAGGAAACCGGAUAAAAAUUUCAUUCUUGAUGUAGAUAGUAGUAGAGAGAUCAGCCCUAAGACUUGCAGCAAAGAUGGUUCUGCAAGAUAUCGACUCUGUGUAAAAACAUUGAAAGCGUGUCAAUACUUUUGUGAAACACUCAUGAGUUUGACUCAUGGAAAUGAAUGUAUAUUUACUGCGUGGCCAUUUCUUUUUAAUUUAAUAUGUGGCUUGGUUGAUUACAAAGGUCUUUCAAAAUGAGUAAACAGCUCAAUUUAACCUUAAUAUUUAAACAAAACAAGUUAAAAAUGCUGAUAUCAUUCAACAAACAAAGUGAAUAAACCAAAG